AUGCCAAAGGCACACAAGCGUGAUGAUAGUCAAUCCUCUUAUUAUUUCCUUCACACCGAGGGAAUCAAACCUCCAGAUGGCGGAGCGGAAGUGAUUGAGGAGAUGCCUCAAGGAUUUAAGGCGGAGCAGUUUACACCAAGGCCAGUGAACACCCAUCGCAAGCAUCCCAGCACUAUACCGGCAAAUAUACAGCCCACAAACCCACCCCCGCCAUCAAAACCCAGCUUCCUGAAUCGUCUUAUGCAACGGGCAACAGGAGGACCUCGUGGUCGUGAUAUCUAUGCGAAUUCCCACAAAAUUGAUCCCAAGGUUUACUUUUCCGUGGAACGAACCUACCUGGCAUGGAUGCACACGGCCAUCCUCUUGGCGGGUAUCUCAAUGGCGAUGAUGGAUUACUCUGAGGAGGGCGACAAUACAGCCUUUUAUGGACUGUUGCUUCUCCCUGUAGGAAUUGCUUUUAUCCUGUACGCCAUGUAUCAAUAUGCCAAGCGAAACCACAUGCUACUUAGUCGAUCACCAGGCCCUUACGAAGACAAGUGGGGACCAAUCAUCCUUGGUUCACUCUUUGUUGCCGCCCUCCUGACUCAAGCUCUAAUCAUGAUGAUCGAAACGAAGUAA